GAUUUUGUUUUUUUGUCAUUCUGUUUCAUUCAACACAUUUCUUAGUUUCUGUUACAAUCUUCAACAAAACUCGCCGGAAAAACUUCCCCGGAAAAUCUCCACCACACGCCGGCGAUGGACACCGUCGCCCGGCUAACAAUCCUCCUCUUCAUCAUCUCCUCAUUGAUCCACCACAUCUCCUCAUCGCAAACCAUCCGCCUCCCCUCCGAAGCUUCAAUCUCCACCUCAUACUGCGACAGCUGGAGAUUAGCGGUGGAAACGAACAACGUCGGACAAUGGAAGCAGAUUCCGGCGAGAUGUGUGGAGUCUGUGGCGGAGUAUAUGAUCGGAGAAAAAUAUGAGAGCGAUUGUGAGGUGGUGGGGAAAUUUUCCGCUGAGUUUGUGAAAGGUGUGACGGUUGGUGGUGAUGGUAGGGAUGCUUGGGUGUUUGAUAUUGAUGAAACUUUGCUUUCUAAUGUGCCUUAUUAUCAAGACGUUGGAUUUGGGUCAAAAAUCUUCAAUGAGACAUCCUUCAAUGAUUGGGUGAACUUGGCUGACGCACCAGCUUUACCUGCCAGUUUGAGUUUCUAUAGAAAGCUUCAAGAAUUGGGCUUCACAAUAUUUCUCUUAACUGGUAGAAGUGAGCAUCAAAGAAAUGUCACAGAAGCAAACCUUCUAUUUGCAGGGUACAGAAAUUGGGAGAGACUCAUCUUAAGAGGCGCUUCUGAUCAAGGGAAAUCAGCAACUAGUUACAAGUCUGAAAAGCGACAAGAGUUGAUGAGUGAAGGCUACAGAAUCCAUGGAAGCUCCGGAGAUCAAUGGAGUGAUUUGUGGGGUUAUGCAGUAUCCACCCGGUCUUUUAAACUCCCGAAUCCGAUGUAUUUUAUUGGUUAAUAACACACGAAUUGAGAUGGCUUCUCCAAUCUGUAUUCAUUUUUCAUUAUUGCUUGUUGUAAUUUCUGUUCAUAAUUUUUCAUUCUUGUUACAACAGGGCUCGUUCUGAUACGCUGCUUGUUAUUAUUGUGACAGAUUAAUUAUUUUGAGCUUUCACAUGUUUUUA